UCCAGUGUGCAUUCCAACUUUCUUAGUCCAGGGAGCAAUACAAUGCAGACCAUUCUAUCAUCAUUGGUGAUUGCCUUCGUUGCUGGCGUAGCUGUUGACUCUGCCGCAAUCGAUCAGGAGAGUAAAGCAGUUGGCAAACGCGAUCUAUGGCAGUAUACUGGAUUAAUGGGUGGAUAUUACGGUGGUCCAGGAAUCCAGGAGAGGUCCUUUUCUGGAGCCUGGAGCUCAGGUCACGAUGCUGAACAACAUCAACCACAACAACACCACUAUCAACUUUCACAGGAUCACUUCCAACACAUGCAGCAAUUACUGGCAGCGCCAGCAGUUCACGAAUGGCACAGCGAGGGAGGCUACGGAGGGGAUCAGGGUCAUCAAGAGGCAUGGAAGCCAGCUUCCUUUGGAACAGCCCGAUCUCUGCAUGGAAUCAGCACUCACAGUGUUGAAUCCAACGAGAAAGGACAUUCGAAGAAAGAUGACGAGAGCUACGAAGUAGUUCAGGAGGGUGGUCAUGAAGGAGGUAAUCAAGAAGGUCGCGAUGGAGGACACGAUGGAGGCCACGAAACUCACAUUGAAGAACACGAGCACGCGCACCAUCAUCAUCAUCAUAAUCACGUCAAGGUUAUUGAGAUUCCUAAGCCAUACCCGGUACAUGUGGAAAAGCCCUAUCCAGUGUAUGUUGAGAAGCCAUUUAUUGUGGAAAAGCACGUGCCGAUCAAGCUGUAUAUCACCAAAAAAUAUCACGACCAUAAACACUGA